CCCAGACUCCUCGAGGAGAGGGGCGGACCUCCCGGGCACUGUCAGUCAAGAUGGCGGUGGCAGCUGGUGUUCUGAGAAUCAGCGAGCUGAGCCGAGGCUUGGGCCAGGCUGGCCUCCUGUUCCUGCGACGGCCUGGGACUCGGGGGCUGGCUAGAUGUCAUCCCCAGAGGCAACAGCAGCACUUCUCGUCCCUUGAUGAGAAGCCCCAGUUCCCAGGGGCCUCGGCAGAGUUUAUUGACAAGCUCGAGUUCAUCCAGCCCAAUGUCAUCUCUGGAAUCCCCAUCUACCGCGUCAUGGACCGACAGGGCCAGAUCAUCAACCCCAGCGAGGAUCCCCAUUUGCCCCAGGAGAAGGUGCUCAAGUUCUACAAGAGCAUGACGCUGCUUAACACCAUGGACCGCAUCCUCUAUGAGUCCCAGCGGCAGGGCCGAAUCUCCUUCUACAUGACCAACUAUGGCGAGGAGGGGACACACGUGGGGAGCGCAGCCGCCAUGGACAAUACGGACCUGGUGUUUGGCCAGUACCGAGAGGCAGGUGUGCUGAUGUAUCGGGACUACCCCCUGGAGCUGUUCAUGGCUCAGUGUUAUGGCAAUGCGAGCGACCAAGGCAAGGGGCGCCAGAUGCCUGUCCACUAUGGCUGCAAGGAGCGCCACUUUGUCACCAUCUCCUCUCCCCUGGCCACUCAGAUCCCACAGGCCGUGGGCGCGGCCUAUGCAGCCAAGAGGGCCAACGACAACAAGGCAGUCAUCUGCUACUUCGGGGAGGGGGCGGCCAGCGAGGGAGAUGCCCACGCUGGUUUCAACUUCGCCGCCACCCUGGAGUGCCCCAUCAUCUUCUUCUGCCGGAACAACGGCUAUGCCAUCUCCACACCCACCUCGGAGCAGUACCGCGGCGAUGGCAUCGCGGCCCGAGGCCCUGGCUACGGCAUCAUGUCCAUCCGCGUGGACGGCAACGACGUGUUUGCCGUGUACAAUGCUACCAAGGAGGCCCGGCGCCGAGCGGUGGCAGAGAACCAGCCCUUCCUCAUCGAGGCCAUGACCUACAGGAUUGGGCACCAUAGCACCAGUGACGACAGCUCAGCCUACCGCUCGGUGGAUGAGGUCAACUACUGGGAUAAGCAGGACCACCCCAUCUCUCGCCUGAGGCACUACCUGCAGAGCAGAGGCUGGUGGGACGAUGAGCAGGAGAAGGCCUGGAGGAAACAGUCCCGCAAGAAGGUGAUGGAGGCCUUUGAGCAGGCUGAGCGGAAGCCGAAGCCCAACCCCAACCUGCUCUUCUCAGAUGUGUAUCAGGAGAUGCCCGCCCAGCUCCGCAAGCAGCAGGAGGCCCUGGCCCAGCACCUGCAGACCUAUGGCGAGCACUACCCACUGGAGCACUUUGAGAAGUGAGGCUCACUCACCCUGCCCUCCCACCUCAGCCGGGCAGAGGCAGCCCCAUCCUGAUGGGAAGAGGGAGCUAGCAGGACAUCGCCCCUCCUUAGCACCAACCCCGACUCCCCUGUACUCAGGGGCCCAGUCACACCCAAGAUGCUCAUCGGGGGCUGCUCCUGCUCACCACCCCUGCUCCUCCAGGCUGUUACAUUUGAGGGUGGCUCUGUCGGACUGCUCUGUCCUCCUGCUGUCAUAGUGCCUUCUCCAGGGGCCAGGCCAGGCUGCCUCUGGGGCUGGAAGCCCCUCUGGGCAGGGGGAGAGGCAGGCCGGGCUGCACUCAGUGGAGUGAGAGGGAUCAGCACUCAGCCAAUAAACACUGUCUGCCUUUG